AUGAGUGCUGUGUCUGUAAGUAGUAGUCCUGCUCUUUGCUUCUUGUCCAUGAUAGCCAUUGAUCCCUACAACAUGACUAAUAUACCUGAUUCAGUCAACCCGACUCGCACCGUCCUUUCUGUUGUCAAUGGUGUAGCGUCUCCUCUAACAGUCGUUAUAAAUGCGCUGAUUUCUUGGUCAAUUCUUGAAGAUGAAGAUCUUAGAUCCUCUUCGUUUAAUAUUUUACUGGUGGCUUUAGCUGUGACUGAUUUUCUAGUGGGUUUGUUGGUUCAACCCAUCUUUUCAUAUUACCAGAGUUGCCUUGUGAACAAUUGUUAUUCGCCUUGUACCUACACGCUUUAUAUUCUGUCAGUCUUGACCUUCACGGGUCUGUCAAUUUGCACGUUAACAUUGAUGAGUUUAGAAAGAUAUCUUGCUAUCGAACAUCCCAAUUUUUACCGUAAGAUGGUUACAGCCAAAAGAGUCAUGUUAGGAACAAUGAUUUAUUGGGCAGUAAGUCUAGCAAUUUUGUUGAUUGUCACAGUUCUUGCAGUAAAUAACAAGAGCAAACUCUCAUUAGCUCCUCCCAUAGUAGUUCUAGGCCUCAGCACUUUAGUUUUUUUGUACUGCUCUAUCAAAGUACAAGUGACAGCCUACCGCCAGCGUAGAACCAUCACUCUACAGCAAGAAUCAGUUCUACAGCCCGAUGAACAACAACAACAACAAGAACGACUCAAAGAGUACAAGCGAGUGUUCAUGAUGACCAUAUUAGUGAUCGUGUCGAUUCUCUUUUACGUUCCUUUUAUUAUAGUCGCAGUGAUAAUAGCCGUCGCAGGUAAAGAUGUCACGAGUGAUUUUAAGUACGUUGCCAUGUUUAUCUGUCUGACAUUACUUCAUCUCCAGUCUCUUAUCAACCCAAUCCUUGUCUCACUGCGUCUAUCUUACAUUCGUACAAGCAUCGAAAAAAAACUAAUAAGUUGCUUUAGUUGUAACUGA